AUGGCCGCAACUGAGGUGGAGGAUCUCAUCUAUCGCGAAUGGGUCCUGCAAGUCCUCGGAGGCUACGCGAAGGUCGGCGGGGAUCACUACCGAUGGUCUAUGAAAUUCGUGGAAGCUGUGUGCGACAAAGAGGACCGGGCGUCCCAGCGGCUCGAUUGGUCGAAGAUCUUACAAGAAGUUAGGGAUGGUCUGGUCAUCUAA